GAUGGCAGCACAUGGCAUGCCGUGCCAUACGCUCUGCAUCUGCCAUUACUUAAUUUGUACUUUUCAAAUUUGACUUUAAACAUAAAAGUAAAACGUUUUCUGCCCUUUUUUGUAUUUCUCAACAUCUUCCAAUUCUUCCACUUCACGGAGGCCUCUCAUUGAGCAUUGUUGUGGUAUCGGGAGAGAAAUUCAGUCCACAGGUCUGAAAAUGACAACCUGGACGGCAAAGACAUUGGAGAACAUGUUAGGAAGAAAGUAUCGAUAUCCGGACCAGACAGCAAAAGACGUCCAUAAACUGCUUUCAUACUACUCAGAUUUGCGCCCCAGCAUGUCAGAUUACGUGUUUCCUGAUGGUUCGAAUAAGGAGUUGAUGAAUCUUUUCGGUACAUUGCCAAUCAAUUACAAAGGUAGCACAUAUAACAUUCCGGUGCAGAUCUGGCUUAUGGAUACGCAUCCUCAAAAUCCACCUUUCUGCUACGUGAAACCAACCCCUGACAUGAAAAUUAAACCAAAUUUGCACGUCGAUCAGAAUGGACGCGUUUAUCUGCCAUACUUGACCGAUUGGCGCCAUAACUCAUCCGAUUUGCUGGAAUUUUGCCAUAUUAUGGCGAUGAUAUUUGGGGAACAACCUCCGGUGUACUCGAAAAAAGCAGGCGAGCAAGCGAAUAGGAACCAACCGCAGCCAGCCACCGGAAAUCCCAGUCAAAAUUUCAGCCCGAUGCCUAUGCCAAGUCUCCCUGGAGGUGGUGGUUAUCCCGCUUAUCCUCCGGCUCCUCCAGGGGCAUACCAGACUCCGUAUCCUGCCUUUCCGGCAGGAGGGUACCCACCUACAGGUCAGCAGAAUACCGGAUAUCCGCCUGCAGGCCAAUAUAAUGCGUCCAAUCGAAAUUCUUACCCGGCUUUUAAUCCCGCUAACUCGAAUGGGCCUAGCUAUCCACAGUCAUCUCCCUAUCCGGCAUACAAUCCCGUGGCUGACAACAAACCGUCGAACACUGGCACAAUUUCAGACGAACACAUUCGGGCGUCGUUGAUUUCCGCAGCGGAAGAGAAGCUGGGGAGGCGGUUGAACGAAAUUGUUAUGCAGGCACAAAUGGAAACGGCAGAAUUAUCCAAAACCCAUGACGCGUUAGAACGUGGGAGGAAAAAUCUGGAUGAUAUUUUUGAUCGUCUUUCCAAAGAGCAGCGCGCUGUAGACCGAAAUGUUAGCUUGUUGACCGAUAGAACAGCGGAUCUUAGGACAGCGCUGGACAAGGGAACGGAUGAUGGCCCAUUUGACAUUGAUGAAGCCGUUGUACCUGCUGCACCUUUGUACAAACAGUUGCUCAACGCUUAUGCCGAGGAUAGCGCUUUAGAAGAUGCAAUCUACUAUAUAGGCGAAGCUCUUCGCAAAAACUCCAUUGAUUUUGACCAGUUUCUGAAGCACGUUAGGGAACUCUCAAGGAGGCAGUUCAUUCAGCGUGCCCUUCUAUUAAAGUGCCGCAAUAGAGCCGGACUGCCAUAAAAAACAUGACGCUUAUUAUGUUCGGCUUCUCAUUCCUCGCUUUUUGAUAAGAAUUCAUGUUGAUGGUAUCUGACUUGGACAUUGAUUGUUUGGACUUUGUGAUCACUUGCGAGAGAGAUCUUCGGAUUGGCUGAAAUCGUAUGUACUGUAGUUUGCGUGGUUAUCGUUUACAUUUAGCGGGCGAUUACCUCCUUGAUGGAUUCACAAUCCUAAUAUUACUCGCCAGUUUUUCUUUUCAAAUUUGAUGUGCUUUUUCUUUUUCUGAAGUUGUCGUGAAUGAUAACUCUGCUUGAUUUUGCAUAGUACCCAUUUGUGUUAGUACUCGCAGUCGAGAACAAGUGUUAUUCUAUUUCCAGAUCCGAAUAAACGAAGCAGCUGUA